UGAUGACGUAGUCAUCAAAGUCGCCAUUUUGGAAUCUCCGGAAGCAGGGGCCAAAACAUCAGCGCUACAUACAUCCUUAUUUCCUUGUUUGACCUGAAUCUCAAGUAAAACCAAGUCUUUGGUUUAAUUGUUCUUUCUCCUAGAUCGCUAUUGAGUAUUUUUUUCUUGGUAGAUUCCGUGGAAAAGAGGGACUUCGACGCUUCAGUUAAGCUUAAGCCUAUCUUCCUUAGUCGCCGGCGCAAAAUAUUGUGUUAUUCCAAGCCUAUGAUUGUGUUCACUGAAUUUUGAACGGUUCAGAAAGCAAGUGAGAUUUGAAACUGGAACUUUUGCAGCAAAACUUCUUGCUUUGUGUACAGCUGAAUUGAAGACUCCGUUGGAGAAAGAAUGGUAUGCUGCUGGGAAAACAACAAAAUGGCCUAUGUGGAUAGAACUUUCGAGUUCUCGAGAUGAUAUUCUUUGGCCAUUAUUUACCUCACCUCUUGUCUGAAGAAUUGAGGAGUGAUCUCCAAUGUCUUCCACACUAGAAGACGUUGAUGGAAACGACAACAUCACGAGUGAUUUGGAAGAAAAGGACUCGGAAACUAAGCUUAUUAUAAAAUGUACUGAGGAGGAAGUUCUUGUCAAUGGCGACAGACAUAUGGAUCAUAAAAAUUUGAACGGCGAUGCACGCGAUGAACAAGAUGAAAGCGUGAUUGAUAAGGCUACUAAAUUAUCAUCUCCAUUAAAUGGAAUUAAACGCGAUACGGACCAAGAAUUCAAGUUUAUUUUAGCAGAAUAUGAGCACACAAAAAACGAACUUUCUAAAUUGCAAACAGAUUACAGAUUGUCUUUGGAACGCGAGAAGAGUUUAUGUGAAAAACUACAAGAUUACCACGGUAAAGAAGAUUCCAGUGUGGACGAUUUGAGCCGAGUUAACGAAGACUUAAGGAAGAACUUAGAUGCAGUUCUCGAGGAGCUAAAGUCUUCAAAGGAAGAGCUUAAAAGGGUAAAGGAUGUAAAUAAUGAACUGGAAAAAGAACAGGGUAAUCUUAAUGCAGAGUUAUCAAAAUUACAACUAAGUGAAAGUAACAGUGAGGAGAAUGAUGGACUCAGAAAGAGCAAUCAGGAGUUGGAAGAUAAACUUAAAGAAACAUCAGAAGAGCUGGUUGCAACACAAGAGAAACUUCAAGCUCAUGACCAGGCAGCAAAGAGGGCUAUUGCGGCCUUGCAAAAGGAAAUGGCUCUCAGAGUUGAUCAGGUAACAAAGAUGUAUGAAGAUGUGCUCAAGGAAAAGGAAAAUCUGGGAAUUAAAUUAGUGCAGGGAGAGGAAGAGAAAAAUAAAAUGGCUAGAGAGCAUGAACUACUUGGGAAAAAAGUUUCAGAAAAUGGAAGGGAAAUAGAAAAGUUUCGGCAAAAACUGAAGACUGUUCAGACGGAGCAUAUUAAGCUACAGACAGCAUAUGAUGACAGGGGAAAGGAACUUGCAGCUGCUGUAAGGGAGUCUGACAAAUUGGCUGAGGAAGUGAACUCACAAGCUGUGAAGGUCAAGUGGGCACAGAACAAACUCAAAACAGAAUUAGAAGGACACAAGGAAACCAAGAACAAAUUGUCACAAGUGUCACAAAAACUGAAGGAAUCCAGAGAAGAAGGCCUUCAAAUCAGGGCUGACUGUCAGGCUAUGAUUAAGCAAUAUCAAGAAUCAGAAGAAAUGAGAUCAAACUCCUUGGAUAGUAAACUCAAAGCAAAGGAAGUAGAACUUAAAAGGCAUGAGCAAGAGAUUGCAGACCAGGAUGAGGUUCACAAAAUGAAAGUUCAGGAACUAGAGACGUAUAAAGAACAAUACAGGAAAAGUCAAGAUGAAGUGAAAGCUUUAAAAGCAAAGAUCAGUGGGCUGGAGGAAAAGAUCACACAGUAUGCCCUGAAGGUGGCAGAUCAUGAGAAGAGUGCCUUACUGAACAAAAAAGAACAGCACAAUCUUAAGAAAGAGCUGGAUGAGAGUCACGUGUACAAGGCAAAGUAUGAAAGUGAGGCAGAGAUGGUGAAGCAUUUAACUGCUGUAGAAAGUGAACAGAAAAGGACUAUUUCUGACCUUGAAGCUGAUAUUUUGGCCUGUCACAGCAAAGAAGCUGAACUUCUGACAUUUUCUGAGAAAAUGACAGCUAAAAAUGCUCAACUUCAAUCAGAGGCCAGUGGCACUCUGGCCAAGCUUGAUGCAACUCUUCUUGAGAAAUCUAAACUGGAAGAACAGUUUGAGCAAGUGAAAAAGGCAAAACAGGGACUGGAUGAAGAGUUGAAAGAGAAGAUAUCUUAUUUUGAAAGUGAAAUUAUAUCCUUGAACAGUCGUCUGGAAGAAAAAUCAAAAGCCAUGUUGGAGCUUGCUGCUUCUCUUGAGGAAUCACGAGAUGAGCUUCAGGUGGUGAAGAGGAAAAACACAGCUCUUAUUAAGGAUUUAACAAGACAGUUACAGCAAUCUCGAAAACAAGUGGAGAAACUAGAAUCAAAUAACCUCGGAUCCAAGGAGAAUCUGAGCGAGGAGUCGAAAUCUUCUUCCACUAAUUCACUAGACAAGAUAGGCAGUGCUUGCACCACUCCCACUUCACUCUCAUCACCAAGCUCAGUCACAUCAGCUGUAGAUGGCGGGUGGGUUGUUGUAAACAGCUCCCAGUCCUCAACUGAUCGGACCUCACUCGAAGCCUCCAGCGGGGACAACGUGCAGAUUUUACCCCAGGGGCAAAAGGACCACAGGGCGAACACAGAGCUGGCGCCUGAUAAGGCUGUUCUUGUGGAUCGCAUCUGCAGACUGCAGAAAAUCCACGCGAAAAAGAAUGAAAAGCUGGAAUUCAUGGAGGGUCAUGUGGCAGCUCUUGUAGAUGAGAUUCAAAAGAAAAGCAAAAUUAUUCAUUACUAUGUGUUACGCGAGCAAGCUGGGACUUUGGCCCCACCCAAGUCCGAUAUGCACAAGGCCCAAGUGUCUCGCCAUGGUGGAAUCAUGGCGUCUGUGUACUCGUCCAAGCCCGUGGACCCAGACAUGACACUGGAAUUGUCCCUUGAGAUCAACAGGAAACUACAGGCUGUACUGGAGGACACAAUUCUUAAAAACAUUACUUUAAAAGAAAACCUUGACACCUUGGGAGACGAGAUAACAAGACUUAACGAAGAACUGCAAAAGAUGAAGAGAAACAGGAGGUCGUGAAUUGUGAAACACGAAAAGAAAACUUCUCUAUGAAUGUUGCCUGGGUAUUGUUGGCAUCUUAAUAAGGAACAGCAGCAAGGCCUAGACAUUGACUGGAGGCCUUGUGCUAAUUAUGGACGGGAGAAGAAAAAACGGGGAGACUGGAAGUUCCUUAGCCCAAUAUUUCCGCUAUUUUUUAACGUCUUCCAAAUUACGCUUUCAUUAAAUCAUUAAUGAUCGCAGAUAAACAAAGGGACUUUGGUUCUUCAUUUACACAGAAACAGUGCACUUCAUAUUAAGCGACAAAUUAUGAACUUUAUGAGCGGGCGUAGGUGACUUGCGUUAAAGAAUUGCGUAGCACACUUAGUGAGGUAGCUUAGAACUAUCAAAAGAAAAUUUUAACAUGUAUCGGGAAGGACAGAGUAUAGGAGAGUACAAAGAAAAUGACAUGGCAUUCGAAUUCAAAAGAGACAGUAGACAGAAAUUAAACGCGAAUGGUAGCAUUAGGAGAGUCUUUGCACGAGACUGAUUUGCGUCAUUGCAACAGCGGUUUUUAUGUUAGGGAUAUUCAAUUAGGGUGAGCGCUCUUUAAUGCAUAGACGCUAACAGAGAAACUUCGUUGUUACGGGCAAUGCGCCGGGCCUUGAUAGACCCUAGAUACAUGUGCCUGUAAAGAAUUUUGGAAGACAGGUUCAUGCAGGGUGGGCACUAGUCUUCUGCCGCUUUCAUUUUCACAUUAACAAGUUCUACUGUAUUUUGUAUUUUGAGUGAAAUGGCGCUACGCAAAUUAAUAUUUCAUCAUUUGACCAUUCGGGCACUAGAGAAAUAAGAAUGCAAAAGGUAUUGGGGUUUUAAGAUUGACGCAAAAGGAUAUCAGUUCAGUCAGUAAAUUGUAAUUAAGAAAAUUAUAAAAUUACACAAUUGUUUCAUUUACGAGUUUAGUAUGUACCAUAUGUAUAUAAAAGGUUUUAUGAAUGGA